AUGCUCUGCAACCCGUCACUAAUGCUACCAUCUACUGAUCGCUCUUCAGUAACUCCAACUCUGUUAGAGACGACUCGCAGACUCGUGGAGGCUACUGAUCGAUUUCAAGGCUUCUUUACCUUCUCAAGCCUGGCCGGCGGCUCGGGCAGCAGCUUGCUUUGUUCAUUUUUAGACGCUUCAUCCUGUGAAUUCGGCCGUCAUUCCUCCAUCCAGCUCUGUAUGGUGCCAGGAGGGCAGCUUUCCUCGGGCCCUACAGAGCCUUACAACACAGUGCUGUCGCUCAACAAGCUGAACGAGGCGUCACUUGGCAGUGACCUCAUCUGCCUAUUAGACAACGCGGCACUCUACACCAUCUGCUCUGAACAGCUCUCUGUCCGUCGGCCUAGUUUCACGAGUGUGAAUCGUGUGAUUGCUCCGAUGGUGGCUGGCCUGUCGGCAGGACUGCGUUUUCAGGUGCCGGCCAGCUACAGCCUGGCUGAAUACCUUACCAACCUGGUACCUUUUCCAAAGGUCAAAUUCCCUCUCAUCAGUUACAGCCCUUUCGGUCAAGCCAUCGAAGAUCGGGGUCAGGUCCACUCGGUAGACCUGAUGACACAAGAGGUAUUCGCUCCGGCCAACCGGACAAUCAGCGUGCCAAGUGGGGAUGAACUGCAGCUGGCCAGUUGUCUGGUCUAUCGUGGCGAUGUGUCCCCAGCCGACGCCAUCCGAGCCAUGAAGACGGUCAAGCGUAAAGCCGGUUUCCGAGUUGUCGAAUGGUGCCCGACAGGAUUUAAGGUCUCUUUCACCCCGCAACCGGCAAUCUGUCUCCCCGGCCACGGGCCCACCAGGUUGACACGUUCACUCACUUUGAUGACAAACAGCAGUUGCAUUCAGCCAUUAUUCACCGGUCUGCUAGCCGACUUCGACUUGCUGUUUAGAAAGCGUGCUUUUGUCCACUGGUUCGCCGGUGAGGGAAUGGAAGAAGCUGAAUUCUUGGAGGCAAGAAGCGGUCUCCUCGAUGUGCUAGACGAUUUGGAUAUGAUAUUUGCCCAGGCUAGCUGUGAAAACACUUCAGCCUCAACCGUAGGUGGGCCGGGCACCAGAAGUCAUUUCACACUUCCGUCAAACGGGUUGGAGACGAGGAGUUGCGAAAGUCAGCUGUAUGCAAAGCAGACGCAUGUAAUGGGUGAUAGUGACUAUGCUUUCGAGACAAAUGGAAGAAUGAAAAAGCCGUCGUCCGGACCUCGAAUACCCAGUCUUAGCUCAGCGAAGACAGGAGAUGGGGCAGAACCAAAAAACGUAAAGAGACUGGCUUCCUUAUUCGUGGAUACUGGUGACAAUUGUUCGAAGCCAGUGACUACCAUGUCCAACUUCACGCAAGUAAGGUGUGCUUCGCCAAGGCCAGUUGGGGCUCAGUUGCCAGCUGGGACCAUUAAGCGCCGAGAACUCUUCACCAAUUUUAUGGAUCCGUCUACUGAUCUGAAAUGUUGUAAGACCUUGGAUUCAACCAUUUGUACAGGAUUACAUGAUGAACUUAAUCCACCAGAAAAUGUAAAGCCCAAAUCGAUUAGAAAAAUGGAAAGUCACUUAGCUUCUGCUAAGCAGAUUGAUAUUUACACUCAGUUAGGCUUUGAGUUACCAGCAUUUUCUGGCUCAGAAAGUACAGCUGAUGUGUCUGAAAUCAGGCUGGAUAGUCGAAGUUGUGCAUAG